AUGAAAACAAUAUUAUGUAAUAAAUCAUAUCCCAUUUUCUGUAAUCAAAUAAAAUUUCUUGAAAUUACUAUAGAACAUCCAGUUUUAAUUUUAAUCUCUUGUUUUUCAAUUAUUAUGUCAUUUAAUUUGUGUUGGAUGGUUCAUUCAAAAUUAUCUCAUUUAGUAAAUGGAAAAGUAGAUUAUAUAGUGAUGUAUUUUUUAUUAGGUAUUUGGUAUUUUAUGUACAUGCUAGAUCAUUGUAUUUUUGUAAUAGAUAAUAUUAAAUUAACUAUUACCAUUCUAGUAGAAGUGUUUAUAUUAGUACUUUUUUCUUUUUCUUUUUUAAAUUCAUCAUUAAUUGAAUUUACUCAUAAAUAUCACUCUAAUUUACUACAAUUUAUUCGUCCAUUUGUUUGUUGUUGUAUUAGUGUUAUUUGUUACAUUCUUAUUUUUAUUGGUUAUCAAAUAUCAAAUGUUAUGUUUGAAGUGUUAUGGUUAUGUUCAGUGUUUCUUCCAAUUUUUAUUUCUCUUUUAUUAUACCUAUAUCAAAUCAUUUGUUCAACUCAUCGAUUUAUCCUUAUUGUUUUAUUCAUUAUUUCAACUGGAAUUGCCUUAAUGGGUAUUGUAGUAUUUUUUCUUUAUGAUAAAAACAAGUGUAAUUGGUUAUCUCCAUAUCUUGGAUCAGAUGAAAUUAUGAUGACAUGUAUUAUUUCAUCAAUGUGGUUAUUCUUUCGUUUCUUUAAGAAACACAAAGAGGAAUUAACAAAUGGAAAAAAGAUUGGUCAAAUUGAAUUUGAAGGAAAACUUGUUGAUGUAGAACUUGAGGUGAAGUAA